AUGGAGUCAGUCGCGAUACCUCCACAAGACGACCAGCAGCAGCUCGAUCCCCCGGCCCGCAUCUUCGAACGACUACGCCAAAUCGCCGGCUUUGCUUGGGACGAGACUAAACCGCCUUACCAUUCUACCUACGACAACUGGCACGUCUUCGGCACCCGAUUUGUUUCGCCCUUUUCGACCACCGGAACCCCGGCCCCCGCCUCCCCGGCACCAUAUCCUAACACGAGCCCGUCGUCUUUAGCAAAGCUAGCGCCCGGCCACCGCGCAUCUCCCCAGGACCGCCCAAACGUUUCGGCCUCUCACAGCGACGCCGGCAGUGAUCGUUCCGUCACCUCUCCUCCCACCGUUGCCCACCAUGCUACCGAUGCGCCUGUUGUCGAAGAGCUCGUCGUUGCCAGAAUAUCCUACCAUGUCCUCCGCGAAGAGAGGGCCUACCAUAUCGCCAAGAGCCUCGUUUCGACUGUUGACCCCAAUGCCGAGCACAUCGCGAGACCGAUAGACCUCAUUCGUCUGAACCCCUUGCCAGGCGAUCGGGGGACCAUCGUUGUGGCCAUCUAUGCGUAUUCUGGGGAAAAUUAUUUGUUCAAGGUGUUGGAUAUGGGCCCCGCCUUCUUCUACGCCGAUAAGCAUAAUGACCGAUGGGAGGCGCAGCGCAAAGAGCAUCCAGUCCUCGAAGAGCCCAUAUCACUGCAGCACUUCCUGGAUUUUGCCAUAGGCGCUGCCCAAUGCCUGGAGAUGCUUCACCAUAGCCAAAGCAUUGUCCACGGCGAAAUACGUCCCGACGCCUUCCAUUACAACCUCGAACUAAACAGAAUAAAAAUAACGUCACUCGGCUCCGGUCUACGGUCCUUUGAGCACGGUUUAACAAGCACUGGCUGGUCUACACUAUCGAAGGAGGUGGGCGCCCGCCAUAAACUCCAGUACAUCAGCCCUGAACAGACCGGACGAAUGCCUGCCGAGCCCGACACUCGCACCGAUAUCUAUUCCCUCGGAGUUUUGUUUUGGAGUCUCUUGACACAACAGCCCGUGUUCCAGGGCGACACACCGCUUGAUAUCGUCCAAGGUGUCCUUGGCCGUAGGAUACCCAACGUGUCCCAGAUACGAAUGGAUGUUCCCGACGUGAUUGGCCGCAUCAUCCAAAAGUGCACUUCCAAGAAUGUGAGCGAUCGGUAUUUUUCGGCCAGUGGCCUCCGGCACGAUCUGGUCAAGGUGCAAGAGCUGCUUGGGUCCGGCGAUUCCCAGAGUCUCAAGGACUUCCAAAUUGGUUCUCGAGACGUAUCUUCCUCCUUCCGGCUUCCGACCAAUAUGAUUGGCCGCGACCGCGAGCGAUCCGAGCUUCUUAAAGUCAUCGAGCGAGUAUCCAAGAGCCAUGGGAUGAACCACAAAGGUGGGGUAAAUUGGGGUUCAGAUGGAUCUGUCUUGUCAAACGACGUUGUUGACAGUGUUGAAGUCUCCAGUGAAGGCGCUAGCUCAGCCGAAGGCUUGAACAGGCAGUCCGGCUCAUGGGCCCUCCCGGAUCCGAGAAACAGAGUCAGCUUGCCCCCUUCGGCCCUAGGAACGAUUUCGGUGACCACCUCGGGCGAAACGACCUCUUCAGGCACGUCAACGGGUACCUCGACGAUCUCGGGAGGUAAUCGACAGUCUCGCCAGUGGGACAAGCCAGCCUUCGAAACAGCCAGCUUAAACGAGAAUGUCAGUUCCGAUGCCUCGCGGGGCAGUGGAUUGCUAAGCGAACCUACCUCGACGAUAUCACGCCAGCUCGGUUCCAAGUUCCGAAAGCAGAGACAAGGCAAUUGCGAGGUGGUGAUCAUCGAGGGUACCGGCGGUCUAGGAAAGAGUUAUCUGGUUCAGUCAAUACUGGCAGAUGCUCGCAGGAGAGGCUAUUGUGCCACUGCCAAGUUUGAAACGGCAAGGAGAACUGCCUUUGGCCCCCUUUUGCAGCUGCUAUCGUCUCUCUUCCGUCAGGUCUGGGGCGAGAGAAACACCGAAACCCCCUUUCAUCAAGCACUCAAACACCAUGUCCGGCCUGUGUGGCCUACGUUGCACAAGGUCCUUGGCCUCCCCGAAUUCCUCCUAGGCCCGCCCGAUAACAUCCCACAACGAUCCAACUCCACUAGCUCACAGGGCGGUGGCCAGCCCGCGUUGAAACGACGCGGAUCGUCUCCAGAGUUUGGUUGCAAUAACAUGUACCGACAUUCCUCGAAAGUAUCGUCCGCCACCCAGACUUCACAAGAGUUUUUAAGGGCUGGUGGCUCGACGCAGACUUCCCGCCUUACGAACACCUUCCUCGAUGUACUGCGGAUGUUUACACACUACAAAUUCAUUUGCUUCUGUCUUGAUGACCUGCACUUUGCGGAUGACGAGUCACAGGAGCUCAUUAGCCAGAUCAUUGGGGCGCGGAUGAAAAUGGUCAUGAUCAUCACGUACCGCCCAGAAGAGAUCGAGCCCGAGAAAGUCCUGCAAAUUCUCAGCCCACCAAAGUCCGAAGAACUACCACGAGGAGCAGGCGCGCCAAUAAUGACCAAAAUAAAGCUAACACCACUGUCUGAGGACGACAUAAUACACUUCGUAUCGUCGACACUCUGUCUACCGAAGGAAGAUGUCACGCCUUUGGCUCUCGUCAUCCAAUCCAAGACAGCUGGAAACCCCUUUUAUAUGCGUGAGAUGCUCAAUGCCGGUUAUAGAAAGAAGUGCAUCUGGUAUGACUACCUGGUUGGUGAAUGGAAGUACGACCUGGACAAGCUCUUCGACCAGUUCCAAGGGGAACAAAACUACGACGUUCUCGACACCGCUUUCAUCACCCGACGCUUGAGUGAGCUGCCGCCCGCCUCACGGUCAAUUCUCGCUUGGGCUGCGUUACUUGGACAGACUUUCUCGUUUGACCUUAUCUGCCGACUCAUGACUGGCGAGUUUCAUUUCGAGGAAGACAAGGACAAGGGACAGCAAGAAGAAGAUUGCUCAUAUAUCAUACCCGCAGACGAGUCCGUUGCUGGACUUGAAGCAGCCAUACAAGCCUGCAUCAUUGUUCCAAGCGAUAGGGAUGAUCAUUUUCGUUUUGUCCACGAUCGUUACAUCCAGGCUGCUGCCGCAUUACAAGAGUGCAAUGCUCGAAAAAUGCACUUUGCCAUCGCCCAAACACUACUCAAGUACCACGCCAACGAUCGCGCUUACAGGGACAAUGCGGCCUCCCAUAUUUGCGAGUGCGUAGAUAUCAUCUGCCAGCAAGUGUCUCACCGGCGUUCGUAUCGGACAUUGCUCUCCCGGUGUGCCCAAGAAGCAGCCGUGAGCGGCGCAAGACCUACUGCAGCGAAAUAUUACGGCAACGCUGUAGCGCUACUUCAACCUGACCCUUGGAACGACGAUGCGGGUGAUUCCUCUUAUGAAGAAACUCUCCAACUCUACAUCCAAGCAGCCGAAUGCUACCUUUACAUGGGCCUUCACACCGCCGCCAAUGAUCUACUCCAGACAAUCCUCGCCAAGGCAAGGACGGCAGUUGACAGGGCCCCGGCAUGGGUACUGCAGUCACGGGUUUUUGCUCAGGGCGGAAACUCCGAACAGGCAUUGGACUCGCUCAGGUUGUGUUUGAAAGCUUUGGGUGUAGGCUUCGAUGACAACCCAUCCUUUGAGAAGUGCGACGCCCAAUUCGAGCGCUUGUCAGUACGGAUACAGGCAAUGGAUCGCAGCGAACUGGUCAACCCGUCCAAGACGGAAGAUAUCACUCUUGCAUCCCUUGGUGCCGUGCUCACCGAGACCGUUAGUGCUGGAUGGUGGAGCAACUGUCUGUACUUUUACCAACUGGCGCUCUCUAUGAUGGAGUUACACUUGGAGAAAGGGUCAUUUCCACAGUCCGGCCUGGCAUUCCUAUACUUGGGUAUCAUCGCCCUGACAAGGUUCAACCUGGUGCAGUUCACUGUUCAGUUGGCCGGCAUCUUCUUGGAGUUGCUAGAGAAGUAUCGCGACCCAGAUUCAAUGGCCAGGGGUUACAUGAUCUAUGCCAACUUUGUCGGUCAUGUUCAGUUCCCGCUUGGCGCUAUCGCCAACCAAUUUGAGGCAUCGGUCGAGUACGCCGCUGCUGUGGGAGACCGCAUCUCUGCCAUCCUUUGCUUUGGCCUAGCUGCACAGCUGAGAUUCUUUGCCAGCGAAAAUAUUUCCGACGUCGAGGCUUUCUGUCAAUAUGGCUGUGAGGAGGUACCGGACUGGCAUCUGGAUACCCGUGGCGGUGCAAUUCUCAUUGCCAUUCGACAGGUGUGCCGUGCCUUGCAAGGGAAGACGCAAGUCACAGAUCCUUAUGAGGUCAUGAGCGACGAACAACACAAAGUCUCAACUUACAAGUCCUGGCUCACAGCCAAGGCCAGCGUAGAGAGGACACUCAUGUUCUACGAGUCAAUCGAGAUUAUUCCGCUCUUCCUGUAUGGGCAUUAUGAGCGGGCUAUUGAGAUCGGAGAGGCUUGUUACAAGAACAGCAAGAUGAUCUGGUCGGCCAGGAACACAAAACUCGCCCAGUGGUUCUACGCCUUGUCCUUGGCGGCUGUGAUCCUCCGCGAACAGCAAGACCCUCGACGCUUGGCAGAAGAUGAGGAGAAGUUCAAGAGUCGGGUGGAGGAGACGAUUGAGAAGAUCGAUGAAUUGAACAAGGGGCUGAAGGACUGGCAGGCGGUUAAUAAUGUCAACUACCUGGCUUGGUCAAAGUUGCUGGAUGCUCAAAUAUCAGAGAUCCGUGGCCAGUAUGGGGAUGCCAUUCGGCAGUAUGAAGAGGCGUUGGAUCAUGCUUCGGAACACAAUUUCCUCUUCGAGGAGGCCCUGGGCAAUUACCUGAUGGCUAGCGUCUUCAUUCGCCACAAGGGCAGGCGCUCUGCCCGGUCUGCCCUUCGCGACUCUAUCGCUCUCUACCGCCAGCUUGGUGCCACGGGAAUUGCCGACCUCAUCGAAACCGGUCAUAGUAUCUUGCUCCAUGGCCCCAUGCGCAACCCUCGCACAGCUGAUGCUGGCGUUCAGACCGAUUUUACUGGCGACGCUGCGUCUGUUCAAUAUCGGGCAGCGGACGAAGAAGGAUUGGAGGACGAGGAGGAGACGGCGCAGGCUGCGGUGGCAGCGCUGAAAGGGGAACGCAUGACGGCGUGGAGAGGCUCAAUGCAGCCGGAGGCUGGGGUUGGCUUGCCAGCACUUGAUAUGAUCGAUCUGCACGCGAUUUUGGUCUCAUCCCAGGUCAUCUCCUCGGUGUUGAGGGUUGAUGAGCUUCUCAAGACCAUGUGCGACGUGAUCUUGCAGACGUGCAGCGGGUCCGCUACCCUGGCAGCUCUCGUGGUGUAUGAGGAUGAGAAGGUGAAGGAUGGUUCGCCCCUGUGUGUUGCUGCGAGUGGUGACCCCGAUAAAGGAGCCGAGGCGCACAUUCCCGGCAUUCCCCUCAGCGGAACCGACCUCGUCGCCGAGAACGUCAUCCUGUACUGCUCUCGCUUCCGUGAGGUGGUCUUCCUCCGGGACCUUGUGAGCGAUGAGCGGUUCGGCAACGUCAGUGAAAGUUGGCUUCGGAGGAACCCCAACAGCAAAGCGGUCAUUGCCAUCCCGAUCUUGCAUGGUUCUGAAAACCCGCUCCUUGGCGUCUUGUACCUCGAAGGUGUUCCCGGCUCAUUCACAGACCGAAACGUCACUGUUCUGCAGCUUCUCGUCAACCAGAUCGGAAUCAGUUACUCGAACGCUCUGGCCAUGAAAGCUGUUGAAAAGGUCUCGGCCGAGAACGUCUCCAUGGUGGCGCUCCAGAAGCGUGCUUUGGCUAAAGCGGUUGAAGCAGAAACCAAAGCCAGAAAUGCCGAAGCUGAAGCCAUCCGGAACGUGAAGCUUGCUGAAGAAGCCGCGAAGGCGAAGUCAAUUUUCCUCGCCAAUGUCUCUCACGAGCUGCGCACGCCCCUCAAUGGUGUGAUUGGAAACUCGGAGCUGCUCAGGGAUAGCAACUUGAACAGGGAGCAACUGGAGAUGGCUGACUCAAUACGUGUGUCGGCAGAUCUGCUUCUUACGGUCAUCAACGACAUCCUGGACUUUUCAAGGAUGGAGGCAGACAAGAUGAAGCUCUACAUUAUCGCAUUCAACCCGGAGGAGAUGGUUCGCGAAGUCGUCCGCGCAGCAUCGUACAGCAACAAGGAAAAGACAUCCAAGAAGAACGUCAAGAUCGUCCACGACAUCAAUCUUCCUCCCAUGUUGAUCUACGGCGAUCCCAUUCGUCUUCACCAGGUCCUCGGCAAUCUCAUCGGCAACAGUCUGAAGUUCACAGAGGAUGGCUCCAUCACCAUCGGGGCCAAGGUGGACUCCGAAACCACAGAGAAGGCGACGUUGACCUUUUGGGUCAAGGAUACCGGCAUCGGCAUUUCACCACAGCAACUCGACAAGCUCUUCCUUCCCUUCAGCCAAGCCGACGAGAGCACAGCGCGGAAGUAUGGCGGCAGUGGUCUCGGUCUCAGUAUCUGCAAGUCACUGAUCGAAUCGACCAUGAAGGGCAAGAUCCGCCUGGAAAGUGAGGAAAACGUGGGGACAACCGUCCGGUUCACCGUCACGUUUGAUAAGGCCAAGCCGGAGGUGAUGGCAGGUGAUACCCAGAGUACUUCGCCCGUUCAGAUGGAGCCUCCACGGGACCGCCAACCGCGGCCACUUCCGGGUGCUGUGGAAAACGGCGAUGUCGGCAGCGAUCAGGUGCCGAGACCCUACAUCGAUCUCACCCAUAUCCCACGCAACCAGCUUCGAAUAUGCAUUGCCGAAGACAAUUCCAUCAAUGCCAAGAUUGCCAUGCAGUAUAUGCACAAGCUGGGUUAUCCGAACGUCGACACCUAUGACAACGGCCUGAAAGCAGUUGAGGGUCUGCGGGAGAAGGCGCGGCAGGGAAACCCGUAUCAUAUCAUACUAAUGGACGUACAAAUGCCAGUGCUGGAUGGUUAUGAGGCGACGAAGAUGCUGAGAAACGACCCGAUCGAUGCUGUCCGCAAGAUUCUCGUGAUUGCCAUGACGGCCUCGGCCAUUCAGGGUGAUCGAGAGAAGUGUCUCGCCGCGGGCAUGAACGAUUAUCUCGCCAAACCGGUACGAGGGGAGUUGCUGAAGAGGAAGCUGGAUACUUAUCUGGGAGCGAGCGCGAGCAUGAGUUUCAGUACUCAGCGUUUCCUCGAACGGCGCUUUGCACAAAGACCCGGCAGCCCCCAACCCAUCAACCCCGGCAGCAGCAGUCCCAAAAAAGAUGUUGACACUCCACUUUCCUCGCCCGUACCACCUCCUCUGGCUGAUAACACCGCUGCUUCUGCUUCCACUGUCAAAAUCGGAGUGGGAUCCGCUGCGGCUUCUCUUCGAGAGGUGGCGGCCAACAACCGGCGGAAGCAGCAGCGGCAGCAAGAAGACUUCGUUGGACAGGCCUUUGUCCUUUCCAUCUUCGUCGUCUAG